CCAUUAAGCCUCACGCACCACAACACCCAGAGAGCAGCUAGCUAUCCAUCAUCGACCAUCCAUCAUCACGCACACACACACGAGGCAGGCAGAGAGAAACAGAGGGCGCGCGCAGAGGAGGAGAUGGUGAAGAUUCCCAGCCCGAGGAGGCUGUUCAGGAGCCGGUCGAGGAGCACGGCGGGCGGCAUCGGCGGGGUGGACAUGUGCGCCAUGGUGGCCGAGCACGAGAGGAUCGAGUGGGAGGUGCGCCCGGGCGGGAUGCUCGUGCAGAAGCGCCGGGGGCCGGACGACGACGCCGUGGUCGAGGCCAUCCUGGUGAAGGUCUGCACCGCCGGCGGCGCGUGGCAGCACGACGUGUCCAUCGACGCCACCGCCACCUUCGGCGACCUCAAGGUGCUGCUGUCGCUGGCCACCGGGCUGUGGCCCAGGGAGCAGCGGCUGCUAUACCGUGGCCGGGAGCGGGACGACGGCGACCACCUGCACAUGGCCGGCGUGCAGGACAAGGACAAGGUGCUGCUCCUGGAGGACCCCGCCGUCACCGAGAGGAAGCUCCGGUCCACCACCCUCGCGCAGCUCAUGGGUGUGCCCUGCCAUUCCUUCAUCCAAGUCUAGCAUAGAACCCACACCCCUCUUGCCGCCGGCCGUUCUCGCGGUUUGUUUGGGCGAUGAUCUGCUAGGUGUGUUAACCGAGUGUUAGCAGCGUUCAUUUCUUUCUUCAGAUUCGGCCGGUUGAAUCGAAACAUGUGCAACGUUAGGAUACAAUACAGUACAGUACAUGUUGUAAAUUACUCUAAUUUGUACUCCCUCCGUUCCUAAAUAUAAGUCUUUUUAGAGAUUUCA